AUGAAGCUCCAUCAAGUUACCGCUGUCCUGGCCUUCAUUGCCACCGGUGCCAUCGCAUCCCCUGCCGGCAUCGCUGACAAGGACUACAACAACUCCCCGGAGAAGAACGGCAAUGACUAUCUUCCCAAGAAGGGAGGCGAGAAACAUGACGGUGACGAUGACUAUACCUCCAAGGGAUAUGGCGGCAAAGGCCAUGGUGAUAAGGGCAAGAAGUUCGAAUGGGACAUUGAACGUUGUGACUCGUGCCCCUACAGCUCCAAGAGCUGGCCUGAGCCCAAGGGUAGCUAUGGCAAGGGAUACAAGCGAACUUGCCCCGAGGACAAGAAGAAGUGCCAGAAGUACGCCUACGACUACUCCAAGGCCACAUACUCAGGAUACGCCAGCCAGAAUCUGAAGUGCUCUGAGGGUGACCACUACAGGGUUGCUGCCAAGAUCGGCUCCUGUGGCGGAUACAGCAAGGAGCAGUGCCUCAACGUCGUCUACGAGGACUGGGACAAAUACUCCGACAAGAUUGCCUUCCUCGGCCUCUACACCUACAAGAAAGAGGGCAUCGAGAACAAGAAGUACCUCAACUUCAACAAGUACUGCAAGAAGAACGAGUGCCACGUCCCUGUUGAGAAGGUCCCCGGUUACCCUAAGUUCAAGGACAACGUCUGGGUUGGAAUCGACGCUGGUCAGUGUCGUGAGCCCAAGCCCAAGUGGGGAGGUUACGAUGGGAAGAAGGGUGGUAAGGGUGAUGAGGACGAGAAGUAUGGUUCCAACAAGGGCUACAAGGGUGACGAUGAGGACGACUACAAGCCCAAAAAGGGCGGCAAGGGAGACUACGACGACGACAAGAAGCACGAGAGCCGCGGACUUGGCUUCUCUGGCCGUGACAAGGUCAAGUUCAUCGAACUCGACAUUGAAGCCAAGUACUCCAAGAAGUGUGCCGAGUUCUGCUGCUGCACUUAG